AUAACGAGUGUUUGACCAAGGUUGAAAAAUCCAGUGAUCAAGAGAAAAAUCCUCGAGGCAUGGAUCGUUGGACCGGUAAAGUCGCCGUCGUAACCGGCGCGAGUUCAGGAAUCGGCGCCGCGGUGACCGAAGCCCUUGUCAAGGAGGGUCUUUUGGUCGUAGGUAUCGCCAGGCGGUUAGAGAGAAUGAAAGAGUUAUCAAGAAGUCUUGCCGGAGCCAAAGGGAAGCUUUAUCCUAGGCAGUGUGACGUCAGCAAGGAAGAGGAUCUGCUGAACGCAUUCAAGUGGGUGAACACCGAAUUGGGGGGCAUCGACAUUCUCGUAAAUAACGCCGGCGUGGUUAAACAUAGGAAAGUGAUGGAUGACGACAUCGACUCCUUCCGCAACAUGGUAAACGUGAAUUUCAUGGCAACUCUGAUCGGCACGAAAGAAGCCGUGGCUUCGAUGCAGGAACGAAAAGUCUCGGGUCAUAUCGUGAACAUAAACAGUAUUCUUGGACACUCGAUUCCUGAUAUGCCGAUGCCAGUCAGCGUCUACCCGUCGACUAAAUAUGCGGUGACAGCAUUGUCGGAACUAACACGCAAGGAGUUCGCAGCUAAUAAAAUCAGGGUGAAAGUAACGAGCAUCAGUCCAGGCUUUGUCGCGACAGAAAUUUUCAAAGUUGGAGGUAUAUCUGAGACCGAAAAAUUAUUUCAAGAUACUCCGCAUCUGCAGCCGAAAGAUGUUGCGGACGCCAUCGUUUACGUUUUGGGAACACCGGAACAUGUUCAGAUUUCCGAGCUAACAAUCCGGCCCGUCUGCGAAAUGCUAUAGUCGAAGGAGAAAAGAGUUCUCAAAAAUAUUUCAAAGCAAUAACCUCAACCAGCACCAAUGUACCUCAGAGAAGAUUGUGACGAGCACAAGUAUAAUUAAAAAUCAUAC